CUGGAGAGAACCCAAGCAAGGAUUUUUCCUAGUUCAGAGCUGUAUUAGCUUGGGAGCCCAUGCUGAAAAACCCCACUGAACUAGGCCCAUAGAUUACAGUAGUCACCUGAAGAAAUAUGCUGCAGACCUUCCCUCCUACAGUCUUGGGUCCCAGGCCAAGUCCCAGUUGGUCCUAGUUUGAGCCCUGACUGACAGAGGGAAUGUCAAUAGCACUUGUUUCUGUUUGGGCCAGAAACCGGGAGGGUCUCUUCUCAGACUGAUCAUUCUUUGCCUCCAUUCUUACCUAUUCUACUUAUCCUUAAUCACUGAAUGGGUGGUGCCUCAGACAGAGAUCUGCGAAAGAUCUAAGUUUAACAAGAUCAAUUUCCCCAUGUGGGCCAUCUCCAGUGGAUCUUAUCUAAAUCUUGCCAUUGGACAAGAUAGCUCUGGAGGAAAAGGAGCAGCUGGUGAUUCUGCAUGGCCCUCCCUGGCUUAAACCCAAUUUACCUGAAUGUCAUGGCACCUCCCUGGUGUCAUGGUCUUCUUCCAGAAUGAGGGACAAGCAACAUCUCAAACAGGUCAAGUCGAGGGGACAGUUAAGGGCUCUCUGUUCCCACCCUCCCCAGGAAAGGGCCCCACCACAUGAAGUAACCCAGGCUCUGCUUCUGCCUGCAGCUGCAAAGUCCCACCCCCUAGUGAUUUCCCUAGUGGAAAGAAUCCAGGAAAGACCCACGGAAAAAAGAUCCACUGGCAGAAAGUGAUGUUACCCAGACUAAAACGCGCAGUAAGGAGACAAAGAGACGAGCAGGAACAAGGAAACGGAGAGACAGCACAGCAGCCCAACCAAAGGGGUUUUGGAAGAAAGGAAACUCACAGAGGGAAAGCAAGAGGCGCCCUCCCUACCACAUGCUGGACACAGAGAAGGGCAAGCCAGUUUGGGUCCUACCCUGCCAAUGUGUAGGAUCACAGGGUUUAGAAUGGAAAAGUCUUCUCCUUGAAUCUGGUUUUAUUCUUCUCUCGACGCCACAGAGCUUCUUUCUCUUCUCUUCUCAAAUGCUGGGGAGUCACCUGAAAUUGAGUUAACUAGCAGGGGUUGUUUAAUUUUUGCCUUGUAUCCCCUAUAUUGUUUUUGUGUUUUAAAGAAAGGUGGUUUGAAAAACAAGGGACAAAAAGAAUGAUUUGCAAAAGCAAUUGACAGUUAGAAUAUCCUAAGCUAAAGUAACGAUUUUUAAAAUAAGGUUUUUUUUUUUUUUUUUCAUUUGGUGUAGAAAGUUGCCUAUAAAUUACAUGAGGUUCCAUCCAUUUUGCCGAUGGGCUGGUUAUGUCUACUUGGCUAUUCCUUGUGAAAACUGUGAAAUUGCUAAUGAAGUUAUUUGGGCUUAUUGUUAUAAUAUUGAAUCCUAAAAUUGUUAAGGAUUAUUGAUGUGCCAGAUUGUUGGAGAGAGGGAGAAGCCAUGUAAUAGAAUGGGAGAGCGGAGAAAAGGGUUUUAAUAAUGAUGUGAAAUUGCCCUAAGGAACUUGCCAUUUGUCAGAGAGGAAACAGCCCAACAUCUUGGUGCAUGCCCUUAGCCAGCAGGCUAAAGCCUGAAAAGACUUCGAACAUUUAGGUUUAGCUUUAAGGAAAAGUGGAGUCGGGAAGCAUGGGGAGUUAGGAGAGACACCAGGAGACGGAGUACCCUGACCCAAAGGAAGGUAGUGGCCCUGGGGUGCCCCAUUGGCAGAUUUGAUGGAGAGGAUUUGACCUCAGGGACAUGGGUGGGAUUCCCGACAGGGCACGGCAGGGUGAGACUGUUGGGGACCUCUCUGGAGGUGGGGUCUCGGGAGUUUGACAUGGCUUGGAUUCCGGACUGGACCAUCUCCUCAGAGGUUGGGAUCAUGGAUUUGAGCUGAUUUCUACCUAUGCCUCUGGGGCUCUAAGGUGGAGUCGGACAGGCAGGAGAGGUGGACCCUGCCCCUGCUCUGGGGGUACUUUGUGAACUUGCCGGGUUUGGUUCUGGAUCUAGAUUUCCAAUCUCUUCCUCUUUAGCUUUCUGAAGGUUUUUGACUGGAAUUUGGGGUAGUUCAUCUGAAAUUUAGGAUUGUAAACUGCCUACUAAUUAUUGGCGUGAUCUGUUGGCUUGGGAAGGUGAAGGCUCAAACUCACCCUUCUCUCUCUGGGUGUGGCUGUUCCUUAGAAAAGAGAAAAAACCCAUUUGCUGGAGCUUGUCUCCCCCCUCCAACUUCUGCCCCCCCCUCAGUUAAAUGAAAUUACUUUAACUUUAAUUGCAUCUGUUGUUUAAAGGAACAGUUCACGUUUGCGGGGUUAACAACUUAUUCCGCUUCAGUUCUUCUGCUGGGUUACAGUAACAGGAGUCGUUGUCCCACACGGACAGUAUGAAGACAAGGAAGGUUAAAAGAUGAAGUGGAAAAAACGGGCUGUCGAAGGUGGCUGCGUGGAACAGCCCGAAGGUGGGUGAGUCUGGGAGCCACGGAGGGAGGAGCUCCAAGGAGGGUUUGUAGAAGCAACCGCGAGAGGGGCCAGAAUAGGAAACGGGGGCUGUGGCUGAUGGGGAGGAGCUGGGGGCGGGACCGACAGUUGGGCGGGGGCGGGGCCUGCAGUUCUGGCCUGCGCGGGAGAGAAGGCUCCACCCCCUUGGGGGAUGGACAGGGCGGGGCUCUGAGGACCAGGAAGCUCCUCCCCGAGGGGUUGGCGGGAAGCCGGAAGUCUUGGAAGUGCGGGAGUCUUCCUCCCUUCCCGGGAGCUCCGGGCUCUCCUUCUUGGCCCGGGGAGCUCCGGUCGCUUUGUCUCUUGGAGGCCAGAGCCGUGCUUGCAUCACCAGAGGGAGCCUGGAGCCAGAGGGAAUGGGCCCUGGGAGCCUCAGACAACCUCAGGUCUUGGUGACAUUCAGGGAUGUGGCCGUGGACUUCACGCAGGAGGAGUGGGGCCUCUUGGACCCUCCUCAGAAGGAGCUGUACAAGGACGUCAUGUUGGAAAAUGCCCGUAACCUGCUCUUCCUGGGGCUUCCAGUUCCCAGAGAAGACCUGAUCUCUUAUUUUAAGCAAAGGGAAUUCCCCUGGAUGCUGGAGCAAGAAGGCCUGAGGAGCUGCUCUCCAGGAGAUAUCAGACUUGAAUUGAAGGAAACUUCUACAGAGCCAAGCCUUUGGUUGGUAGAAACUCGUAAGCCAAUAUUGAUGAGUGAUGGUCCUUGUGACUUCACAUCGAGAAAAAUCUGUGUCUCACAUGAGACAAUCUAUCCUUUAGAGAAGCAUUAUGCCUGUGAGCAUUGUAGAAAAACUUUUACACGGAGGGCUCAUCUUCUUGCACAUCAGAAAGUCCACACUGAAGGAAAAUCUUAUAAAUGUAAUGAGUGUCAAAAGAUCUUCACAUCCAGGACAGAAUUUAUGGAACAUAAGGGAAUUCACACUCAAGAGAAACCUUAUAAAUGCAACCAGUGUGAAAAGGCUUUUACCGGGAAGUUUAGUUUUAUUGAACAUCAGCGAAUUCACAGUGGAGAGAAAUCGUAUGAGUGUAAUCACUGUGGAAAGGCUUUUACACACAAGAGUAAUCUUCGUCGACAUCAGAGAAUUCACACUGGAAAGAAACCUUAUGAAUGUAAUCAAUGUGGAAAGGCCUUUAGAGCAAAGGGCCCACUUAACUCACAUAAGAUAAUUCACACUGGAAAGAAACCUUAUGAAUGUAACCAGUGUGGAAAGGCUUUCACCGGGAAAGUUAGUUUUACUGAACAUCAGAGAAUUCAUAAUGGAGGGAACGCUUAUGAAUGUAAUCAGUGUGGAAUGACUUUUACACAUAAGAAUAAUCUUCGUCGACAUCAGAGUAUCCACACUGGAAAGAAACCUUAUGCAUGUAACCAGUGUGGAAAGGCCUUUAGAGAAAAGGGCUCACUUAAUCUACAUAAGAGAAUUCAUACUGGAGAGAAACCUCAUGAAUGUAAGCUGUGUGGAAAGGCUUUUACAGAGAGGGGAAGUCUUACUCGACAUCAGAGAAUCCACACUGGAGAAAAACCUUAUGAAUGUAAUCAGUGUGGAAAGGCUUUUACAGAAAGGGGAUCCCUAACGGUACAUCAGAGAAUCCACACUGGAGAGAAACCUUAUGAAUGUAACCAGUGUGGAAAGGCCUUUAGGAAAAAGGGAGGUGUUACUCGACAUCAGAGAAUCCACACUGGAGAGAUCCCUUAUGAAUGUAAUCAGUGUGACAAGGCAUUUAGAAAAAAGGAAAGUCUUGUUGUACAUCUGAAAAAACACACUGGAGAGAAACCUUAUGAAUGUAACCAGUGUGGAAAGGCUUUUACAUGGAGAGAAAGUUUUAUUGCACAUCAGAAAAUUCACACUCGAAAGAAACCUUAAAACUGGAAUCAUUUCUGUCAGGCCAAAGUCAAUCCUUUAUCAUUAGAGAGUUUAUGUGAAAUAGAGGAUUCUUAUAACUGGCCUGAAUGAGGAAGUGCAUUGAAAUGGAGCUUCUUAGCAGAAAAUUCACUCUGGGAACGAUUUCCUGGGAAUUCAUUGUGUGCAGGCUUUUUGCAAGGGAUCAUCUAGUACCCUCUCAUCAGAGGAUUUGUAGUGAAAUCUUAGAAUGUGCGCAGUGAGGACAUACCUUUGUCUGGAACAUGGGGUUAAAUUUGGGUGAGACUACAACUCACAGAAUGGUGAGAUAAAUAAAAUAAUUCCUGUCAACCUGUCAGGUUGCAAAACAAAAAAGAAUGAGAAGGAAUUUGCUCGAUUGCAGAACUGAAUGAGAAAAUGCAUAUUAUGAUUGUAGAAAUACCGUGUCUUCAGAAUGAGAAAAAGACCUUGUGUCAGCAUUAUGUGAACAUUAUUUGCUGAAGGGAAGAAAUCAGAGUUGUUUCAUCAAGGCUAUAAAAAUGGGGCCUAUUUGGAGAAUUUUGUGUUCUACAUGAAUUAAACCAACAUUCAGGUCAGUGUCUGAGGCAAUAAAAGAACUUCUUUUGGACUUGAGAUAGUUUCUGGCUCCUGUUGGACCCAGCAAGAGGCUCUGCACUUUCUAUUUUUAAAACUUCCCAUGGUUGCUCCUAUUCUGCCAGCAUGAAAAGGAAAUCCAAGUGAACUAAAUUUCGAUUGAUGGAUAUCUGUUUUGUUUGUCACAUGUACUCUACAAAUCCAUGAAUGUCCUAGGUACUCAUAAUAUCCCACUCAUCAGAGUAAUGGUUUCCAAUUUAUAGAUCAAUAUGUUAGAUAUGAGGGAGCAAUUCAAGAAGCACUAUGGGAAAUCUCUAUUCUUUCAGAAAAAUCCUGAUAGAAUAGAUAGGAAGAAAGGUUUCUAAUGAAAUUCAUUUGGGUGCUAAUGAAGACCAAAGCCAACCUCUUGUCUUCUUGUCACUUGAAGGGGUUUCAGAUUUAGUGAAAUCCAAACUCAUAUCUGCACAGACAUUUCUUAUUAGGAAGGCAGCUCAUGAAUGGGACAUUGUUCAUCACAUCAGGCUGAAAUCUGCCUCUUUUUCCCUCAUCGCUCCUCAGGGUUCCAUCUGGGGUCAAGUGGAAAAGUGGGAUUCAUCUUUAACACAACAACCUUUCAGAUAUUUAGACUAUUUCAUGUUGCCCACCAAGUUUUCUCUUUGGGAUAAUCAUUGUGAGUUUUUUCAACUGUCCCUCAUUUGAUAUUCACAGUUCUUCUUGGGAUAUCUUCCAACUUGUCAGUGUCUCUUGUGGAUUAUUUCCCAUGGUAGCUCUGUAGAAAUAGAUGCCUUAUUUGUCCAUAUUGUGUGUUUUCUCUCCCUCUCAUCAGGGAUUGUCUUUUACCAUUCUUUCUAUCACUAGUGCUUAGCUCAGCACCUGGAACAUGUUUAAUACAUGCUUGUAAUGACUCUUAAACUGUUGUCUGGUCAGGGCAGGCAAAGAACUACAGGAUUAUCAGCUCUGUUUACAAACGGUGACGGUCACACAUUUGUCACUCCUUUCCUUUCCCAAUUUGACUUGUCGCACAAUGGCUGUGGUGUAUGAGAGCAGAGUAAAUACUUCAUUAUCUUUGGAGAAAAGGAAAGUAGGAUGGCCUAAAUUAGGCCCAUUUUUACUUAGUAUUGUCAGUUUUUGCAGAAUAAUAUCUUUUUGGACCUUGCUCUCAUUUAAAAGUAACGGUAUUAGGACAAAGAGAAAAGUGGAAUUCUAAUCAGAGAACAUUGGGAGAAGGUGUGGUGCUGAUGCCUUCCAAACUCCAGGUGUUCUAGCUAUAAGUAUUGGAGGGGGAUGAGGAAGGGGAAAUAAAAAAUGACGAGGGAUUGCAGAUAGCUUCUUGGCCAUAUUGGAUCCUUGUUUUCCACCUGGUCACCUACUUAAAAGGUAGCAUGAUGGGAAGGAAAGAGCAUUUAUUUGAUUUGUAGUCAGAGGACACGAGUUGAAAUUCUAGCUCUUUACCUCUAUGGCCUCAAUAAAGAAAUUUAACUUAACUGGGUCUAAGUUCCCUCAUCGGAAAAACAGGAUAUUAGGCCCAGUGAUCCUCAAGAUCUCUUCCAGCUCUAAAUCCUUUUAUAUUACAGACCUGAGAAGACAAAGAAAGGGCAGCUUAAAGAUGAAUCCUACCCCUCGUUGCCGCAUAUUGUUAGGUAAUCAGCUUCAACUUGGGCUGAUGACCCAGAAGACUUCACUAAACCUGAGUAUGAUUGGUAAUCUGGAGAGGCAGCAAGAUGUAGGCAGUUUUAAACUUUUUGUUGGUUUUAAAGUCUUUGUUGAGUUAGAAGACUUGUGUGUCAUUUGUAAGCGGACAGUUCUCUCUAUGCAACUAAUGAAAUAAGUUUCUUACCAUAUUUGUUCAUGCAGAAAAUAGGUUUCAAGAUGCUUUUAAAAAGGAAAAAUUUGCUCUGAGGUUACAUCUUACAUCCAUCAAGUUAGCAGAGUUAAGAAAAGAUAGAGACAAUGUUAAGGGUGUGUAUAAUUAGUCACAGUAGUACAUACAUUGUAUUUGUGAAUUGGUCCAAGUAUUCUGGGAAGUCAUUGGGAAUUUAAUAUUUAACAUUAAAUAUUAAAAAGUGAUCAGAUAUCCAUACUAUGUGAUUCAGAGACAACUCUAAGCAAGUCAUAGAAAGAAAAGUUCUUGCUACACUCAAAUAUUUAUUGCAGUCUUUGUUGGUUUGGUAGGAAAAAAAUGAAGCAGAUGCAAAAGAGAAAAUAGAUGCUCAUCAAUUGGAACCUGUCUGAACACAUUGUGGUGCAUGAACAUUACUGGAAUGCUGUGCCAUAGGAAACAGUGGAUAUAAAGAAUUCAGAGAAGCAUGGGAUAUGUAAAUGAGUGAAAGAAGGCAGACUGAGGUAAGCAAAAGAAGAAAAGCAAUAUGACUGAACAGUGUCAGAUGGCCAGAUCUGUGAAUGUGGAAAUUGUUUACAAUAAGGUAGAUAUCAAAACAUCCACGUCUGCCUCUCCAUCACAUAAGCAAAACCCAGAAGACACAUCCAAUGUGAUGCAUUUCUUCCUCUUCCUUACCAUGUCACUAGCUCAUCUUUUCUUCAUGUCCUGUAAUUCUUAAUGAGAAGUAUCAAAGAUGGAGACUAUCCCAAAAGAGUUCAGAAAGUGCUUUGAUCAAUAAACCUUUGACUUGCUAGACAGAUGAAGAGCAGCAGCUGCCAAAAGUGACACCAAAUUGGAAUAUAAAUUAGUCUGUUCAUUAGGUAGAAAUGAGAGGUCAUUAACAGUUGUCUUGACCUAUGUCUUACCACUGGACUCAAAUGACUAAAAGACAGAGUGAGACUGACUUGGCACAGUUCUGCCUCCCUGAAAUCCAACUUAAUUGCAAAGUAAGACAUCACCCACUGACUGCCUCACCCCAUCCCCAUAGCAUCUGUACUCUUCAAAAACAAAGGACCAGCAACAAUUUGGGUGAAGAAACUCAUGAGUUCAAAAGUUCAGUGUUGCUCUCAAUUAAAUGUAAAAAUUCAGUUUUCCCAUCAGUCACUUUUAGUUCAAGGAAAACUGAGCUAAGUUUAAAAGUGCAAUACCUUCAUAAAACACUUUAAUUCCAAAGGAAUUGUUAUUUUAUCACCUGCUGCAAAUCAGUUCAUGGCAAAGAAAUUUAUUAUCUUCUAUACCUUUAAUUAUCCCGAUUCAGCUCUACAACAUCUGGUGUUAUUUCUGCCAAACAUUCCUGGAAAUAGUGUUUCUUAAGUAUUUUUGUUCAAAACAAUUGAAUUCUUCCUUAUAAAUCUACCCAUCUACAUAAUAUGGACUCCAUCACCUCCGGCUCCCUCCAGCACUAAAACCAAGAUUACAUCCAGCCACCAACCUGCCAGCCUCUCUCUUUGGUCCUUCUCUAGCAGCUUCUGACUGCUCGCCUUUGGUCUUCCCCUCUUGGGGGAAUAUCUCCAACCAGUCCUACUUGUUGUGGAUCUGUGGGUCCUGAUUAGUGAAAGUGUUACAAGGACACUGUCCAGCAAAUAACUCUGUGUGUGUGUGAUCUAGGAACUUAUUCAAACUGACCAGUUCAGAGACUUGUGGAGUCCCUAUCAAUCAAAGUCAUAACAAGGAGGUCCUAAAUAAGGACACAGUGGCCAGUACAUGGUUUUGCUUGUUUAGGCCAGUAUCCAGAAGCACAGGUGUUGCACACAGAUUCUAGAAGUAGGCUCAGUAUUGAGCAGUAAAUCAAAGCUUAGUUAAAAUUGCAUUAAUAUAUGCAAUGGUGCUCUAUAACUGCUCCCUUGGUUUGUUUCUGUAAUUACCAUGGUACAAUUUUGGGUUUUUGUGGAAAUCCAUUGAAUUAUCUGGUAGGCACUUUAGGCUGUGCCCUUAUGGAAGUAAACUAUUUGAUUAUUAAAGGACUUUUAUAACCAUCAUAAA